CGUGACUAGCAACGUAAACAAGGUGCAGGGAGCGAGCGUUGCGCCGAGACGACCGAGAGACAAACGGUGAGCCCGGAGUCAAGACGUGCGCACAGUGGCCGGGAGGCGAGCGCCAUGCUCGGCAGGGAACAUGGAGCAGGGUCCGCGGAGCUGAACCAUGGGGGCGAGGGCGUCGGUGGCGCUGUGUUGAGUUAAAGCAGCUCAUUUUGCAGAACGACCCGUCCUCGGUCAGAAUCGUGAGGCCCAGCGCGAAGGUCAGCCCGGAGCUCGUCGCUCCCAGCCCGGUUCUGGAGCCUGAAGUGGCCGCCAGGUGUGUGUUCGGCGUUGCCUUGGAAACGCUGAGAGAGGAAGGGCAGAUGGUGUGUGGAGUGCCCCUCGCCCUGAGAGACAUGGUGCAGUUCCUGGACAGGAGAGGGAUGCAGCACAGAGGCCUGUUCCGUCUGUGCAGCUCAGUGAUCCGGACCAGGCAGCUGAGGAGGCUGUGGGACCACGGAGGGGGGGUGGACCUGGAGCGGGACGGAGACGUCCCGACCGUGGCCUCGCUGCUCAAACUCUUCCUCCGGGAGCUGCCCACCCCCACGGUCCCUGAAGCCCAGCGCCAGCAGCUCAUCCGGAGCCUCUCAGGAUAUGCAGAUGAGGCGGAGGUGAACCAGUCCCUUAGAGAAAAUCUUCACCACCUCCCUGCCGACAACCUCAUUCUUUUGUCUUACCUCAUCCACUUCCUGUCCAGAGUGGCGGCUCACAGCCAAUCAAAUCACAUGCCCAUGGAAAAUCUGGCGACCAUCUUUGGGCCUUGUAUAUUUCAAUGCACUGUGACUGGUGCUGUGCUGUGUCCCUCCACUAGAUGGAAACAACAUCCUUUGUGUGUUACGACCCUUUCUGAAUACAUGUGCUGUGUAUUCAUGGUGGCCGUCUCUUCGCCCUGCAGUGUUCCAGCAGGACCCAGGAUGCUGGAGGAGCAGAGUGUGUGCAACGGCCUGUUGCUCCGUCUUCUCCAGCAUCAGGAGCUUCUCCUUCCAACCCCCGCCGAGAUCACAGGGGUCUCCGCCUCACCACCUCCCCCCACUCUCUCUGCUCUCUCGCACUUUGAGUUGUCCCGAGCCAGCAGCUGUCACUCAGAGCAGAGCAGUGUGGAGAGGGGGGAGGCAGAGACCACCUCAGUGUCACUGACCAGUUCUUCUGAGCAUACAAUAAGGACGGAGGCUCAACUCAGCAGUGCCGACACUCUGACACAGGGUUGUGGAAGUGGCUCUGACGUCAGCGCUGACAUUCAGAAGCUGAUUCCAGACCAGGAGGCUCUGGAAGAGAAAGGUGAAGGUACGGAGGUGGGCUGCGUGCCGCCCUGCCCCACUGACCCGGGGCCAGAACAACAUCCGCACCAGAUGGGACCAUUUCAGACGGUCCAAGAGAAGCCACCGGAGUCCACCACUAAAGAGACAUUUUCACCGCGGAUGUCUGCAUCCACCUCAAUAUGGAAGGAGAAAGAAAAGGCAGAGGAUAGAAGGACACCUUCCAUCAAAGAUGACUGUUCAAUGGUUUCUGCAGAUUGUGGGCAGACAUCCAUUUCAGACUGCUGCAUAGUGACUGGGUUGCAGAGGAAAAAACCCCAAAUGCAAAGUCAGGACGCAGAGAGUCUGCUGUGCUGCAUAUACAAGACAGAAGACAAAACCGAAGAGCCUGGAUGGAAGGGGAGAGGAGGAGGAGGAGGAGGAGGAGGAAGGUGUAGUUGUUCUCCCAACAGACUCAAUGGCUGCAGAGGCAUGAAUAACAGCCAUGACAACCCCUCCCUCAAGCUACGAGCCCUGGAGGCUGACUUGGGACCCCCGCCAGCGCCGGUAGACCCCCAAGUUCAGGACAACCUACCUGCCCAGCAGCAGCCUCUUUCCACUGAAGAGCAGAGCCUGUAUCUGACCCACAAGCCGUUCCUCCACUCACCACCAUCACUACCUGCUCAGGAUAAUAACACGAUUGACUUCUUCCCGCCUGUAGAGAGCCCAUCCCCUCCUCCAUCGGCGUCCAGUCCAGUCCUCUCGACUGCCACUCUUUCUGAGGACAAGUCAGGAGACGAGAGCUCGUCGAGCCCAACAGACACUAACACCAGCCCGCUGCUGUCCUGUUUUACGACGAGCGACUGUCCCGUUCCCUCACCACGCUGCCCCAACCUCAGCCACAGCCUGCGCUACAACUUAGACCCUGACACAGCCCCUUCUCCACCGUGUUCACAGCACAUUCGCAUGGCUCGCUGCAGCAUCCACACAGAGCCAGGGGAGGGCUCUGCGUCCAUCGCAGUGCUCAACAGACACAUCCACACCCUGAGGAAGAGGAUCAGGCAUUUUGAGGAGCGGUUUGAACAGGAGAAGCACUAUAAGCCUGCUCAUAAUGAUAAAACAGCCGAUCCAGAGGUGGCCAGACUAAUGAAGGAGCUCAUCAAGAGUCGCAAGCAGCUCAAAGAGCUCAAGCUGAGACAAUCAGAAGACGCAGGGCUGCGAGGGCAGGGGGGCUUAAACCCACCAGUCAAAACGCGCAGGACCAACAAAGACCAGAGGGAGGCAGCACUGACAGGAACGGAUCUGCGGCAACGCAACAACAACAGCAACUCCAAGCCCAACGUGGAGGAAACGCUCAACACGAUAACCAACAGACUGAAGGAAAGGCGGCGGGAGCUCGGCGUGCCCGACAGCAUCAAGGAGAUGAGCCAUUACCACAUGACUCUGGAGAAGACGAGCAUGCAGAAGUGUCUGCUCUACUUUGAGAGUCUGCACGGACGACCGAGCACGAAGCAGGAGCGGACUCUGAUGGAACCUCUCUACGAUCGGUACCGUGUCCUCAAGCAGCUUCUCUUUUUUUCUGCGGCCUCAACAGUCAUUACGACCAUUGAAGAAGAGGAGGGUUCUGAUGAAGGGCAUCCCAACCAGCGCAGCCCCGGGCAGCAGCCGCUCUGGCUGAAACCUCCCAGGUGUGUGUCCCCGGAAGAGUCACUGCACCUGCCUUCCCUAGAGACGUCCGAAACACCGCUGGUGUCCCCGCUGGAGGAGGGGAAGGGUCUCCAGCUGCCACUCAUCACCAUGGCAACAUUACAUGAAGCUUCCAGACCAGAAUUACUGGAUCACCUCAGAAUGGCUCGACUAGAGAAGCGGAGGCUUCACCAGGCACUGAGAGAGUUUGAAGACCAUUUCUAUAUGCAGACGGGCAGGGCCUGUCAGAAGGAGGACCGUGGCCCGAUGGCGGAGGAGUACUGCCAGUACAAGAAGCUCAAAGCGAAGCUCCGUCUGCUGGAGGCCCUGCUCAGCAAACAACAGGCCUCAACCAGGACCAGUUGAGUUGACUCACAGUGGGACUUUGAUCUGACUGAACAGGACUCGGUCGUGUCGGGACGACAAGCCGCUGGGUCUUUUUUUCAUGCCAUGCUCAUUAGGUGGAUGCACUUUACAUGAGGAAAACAGGGAUGGAAUUCGGAGACAAUCUGACGGAAAUCUGGGCAACUGCAGUUUUUUUUAUUCCCAAAACACACCGUUUGUCAUUCGUGACGCAUCGUACUAAAUAAGCCUAAUGUAGCAAGUGUAUCUUCAUGUAGCAUUAGUCUGUCAAAGAUGAAGAGCUGCAACCACAUGAUGUUAGUUACAUAUUAGUCAUUUAAGAUUACUGUACGUAUAUUAUGGCACUUUGCUUUUUAUGCCAUUGCCAAAAUGCUAUUUUUGGAGCUUUGUCCAUUAUUAAUGUGGAGACUGCAUUUUUGUGCAAUAUCUUGGCAAAAAUAAGUAUAAAUGCAAUCAAUGAGACGAUCGUGUGGUGUUUGUGCAUGUCAGUUCUCUAGUCCUGCAUUGUGCUAUGAUAUGCAUUAAGAAUUUCAGAGUAAAUCUAAAUCGUGACCAUUCGAUUUACGGGCUCACCUUGGAAUGUGAAUGUUGGUGAACCUUGACAUUGUAGUGCAAGUUCUGCUGCUGUCAAAUUUGUCUUUUUCAAUUUAUUUUUUUACCCCAUUUUACCUUAAUUUAAUUAGUUCAUUUCAUUCCCCCUAAAUGCUGUUGUUGACAAUGAUCAGAGCUUUUGACAUUGUGCACUUCUGGUUUAUAGAAUUUUCUAUAUAUAUACACACAAUAUAUAUAUGAAUAUCAAUAAAAAAUAAAUAUUUUUUCACAUUUAUUCUGCUAAA